GAGUGCAUACUCAACUCACACUGCAGUGGGACCGGAUCAGUUCUGGAUCAUUUUACACAGUGCGGACUGUACGGGACACCUGCGCGAACUAUGUGAAGUUUCCUAUAAAGCACUGUUUGACCAUGCUGUUCCCAGCCUCGAAGUCCGAUGUGAAAUCGGUUCUGGAUGGAGUAGCAGAAACCACGUUCAGGACCAUCACGUCUGGACUGCAGUACUUUGGUUCUAAUGACAUCAGCUAUGAUGACCACAUCAUUGACGGGGACUUUGGCAAAGGUGGAUACCCCUUGCAGAAGCCUUUCUCUGCCUACCGCAGAAGCUCUUUCUCGGAUAAAGUUGCACCAGAUGAGGAACUCAUCCUGAAAGGUAUCCCAUUUUAUCCCACUAACAGCUCGGAUGGGAUUGGGAACUGGAGUAUUGGAGAUGAUGGAAGUAGCCUCCAGUGUGGGGAGAACUUUAUGGACAUGGAAUGUUUCAUGAUACUGACUCCUAGUCAGCAGCUCGCUGUUGCCGUGUUGUCGCUCACACUUGGCACUUUUACCGUAUUGGAGAACCUGGUGGUUCUUUGCGUGAUAUUGCAGUCACGUACCCUACGCUGUAGACCGUCCUACCAUUUCAUCGGUAGCUUGGCCGUUGCAGACCUACUUGGUAGUGUGAUCUUCGUCUACAGCUUCUUGGACUUCCACGUGUUUCACCGCAAAGACAGUCCAAACGUUUUUCUGUUCAAAUUGGGCGGUGUAACGGCAUCUUUUACAGCUUCUGUCGGAAGCCUGUUUCUCACCGCCAUUGACCGAUAUGUAUCUAUACACCGCCCGUUGGCGUAUAGGCGUAUUGUGACGCGCACCAAAGCGGUGAUUGCCUUCUGCAUGAUGUGGAUCAUCUCCAUCAUCAUUGCCGUGCUACCGCUGCUCGGAUGGAACUGCAAACGGUUAAAUUCGGUUUGUUCUGACAUCUUUCCACUAAUCGAUGAGAACUACCUGAUGUUCUGGAUUGGAGUGACCAGCGUUCUGGUCUUAUUCAUCAUCUAUGCUUACAUGUACAUCCUCUGGAAGGCCCACCACCAUGCUGUUAGGAUGCUAAGACGUACAUCACAAAAAAGCCUGGUCAUCCACUCCUCCGACGGCACGAAGGUCCAGACCACCAGGCCAGAUCAGGUCCGCAUGGACAUCCGGUUGGCCAAGACGUUGGUUCUGAUUCUAGUGGUGUUGGUGAUCUGUUGGGGGCCUGUUUUGGCUAUUAUGGUGUAUGAUUUGUUCUGGCGUAUGGAUGACAACAUUAAGACAGUUUUUGCAUUCUGUAGUAUGCUCUGCCUGCUCAACUCCACCGUUAACCCAAUAAUCUACGCUCUCAGGAGUAAAGACAUGCGCAGGGCCUUUCUUACAACCUGUCAGUGCUGCAGGAGCACCUCCAGCACGUCUCUGCAGCUCGACAACAGCCUGGAAUCAGACUGUCAGAGGAUUCAACACAUCGCCGCAAACCGUGCCACCGAGAGCUGCGUGAAGACCACAGUGAAAAUUGCCAAACUGACAAUGUCCGUCUCUGCUGAGACAUCGGCCGAAGCUGUUUAAGUGUGUUUGAUUGUUCAGUUGGCAAUGUGAAUGUUGAACGAGUGUUGUUCUGAUCAGGAUUAUUAUAGUUUUGAAUAUUUCGCUAGUUUCUAUUUCAUUUUGUCAUUUGAUUUGAUUAAAUUUCAGUUUAGUUUUUAUUUAGUUUAACUGUACAUAAAUCAUUUUUGUUUUGUUUGAAUCUUUGGAAAAAAAGAGAAGCUGGGUUUCCAUCCACGUAUUUAUAUGUGCAUUUUGGGAUGUCGCAAAAAAACUGCUGAAAGGUAACACCAAGAUGUGGAUAAAAUCUCCAAAAUGCUCACAAAAAACGUUUAAGAUUGCUUGAGGUGGAUAAUUUUUUUAUUUGAUAAGAAGAAAUGUACAUAAACUAUUAUGGAAACACAUUAACCAAAUAAACUCAUAUUAAAUUAAUUAGGAAUACAAGAUGCGCAUCAAAAAAGUAAUGUGACUAAAAACUCCAAUCAUCGCAUCAGAAAUGUUGCUCUGGUCGUCCUGUAAUAACGGUGUCCUGAAAAUCCAAAGCUUGCAAAGAGUUUGCAGAGCAGUUAAGUUGAAUACAAACUUGAACUGUGCCAAAGAGCAGGUUUAUUGACACUUUUGAAAUAAAAAUGAUAGAUAUGCUGUGCAAAGACAUAAGGAAGGAGGAAUGCACACACAUAGUGCUCCCAGAACUGUGUGAUACGCUGGCUCUCAAAGACAUGAGACAAUUUUGACGAUUUACACAUUGUUUUUGCGAUAUUAUUUUUUUGCAUAAAGUAAAUGCACAACUUGGAUGGAAGCAUAACUAGUUUUCGUUUGUAUUUAGUUUCAGUAUUAGCUGUAGUUGUCAUGCCUUAUAAGCAGGGUUUUCAACCAGGGGCCCGUGGACUCAUGGGGUCACAUAAAGAGUGCAGGGGGCAGCGGCGGAGCUCGCCUUUUCAGUAAGAGGGUGCAAGUUAGAAAGCCUGGCUCCAGAAAUGGGAUAAAGCCUAUAUCAAAGGAAGAUCCAUGGAAAAUGGCCCACCUUAUUCAGUAACAGCACCACCAGUAAGUCCAUCUGCCAAAAACAACACAACACUUUAUCAGAAAAUGCAACAAGUGAACUGUGAUAUGUUGUUUUACAUAUCAAUCAGGCUGCAGCUUAUAAUGAUGUUUUCUUAUAGAUUUAGAGAUUAAUCAGACCAUCCUAAAAUGACCAAAGAUAUGAAAACUAAACAAAUUUUCUCUGUAACUGGAGUUUUUAUUUAAAUUGUAGUGCAUUUUUUAGUUUUUGUUCUUUUGUAAAUUUGUGUUUUUAUUUCAGUUAACAAAAAUAUUUUUUCACUGCUGGUUCUUUUCUUUAACAAUAAUUACCUUGGUUCUGAUGCACCACAUCUUAACAAAAAAAUUUGUCUGUUCUUGCGGGUCAUGAAAAGUUGCGUGCGAGUACCCAUGCAUAAAGGACAAAGGUCAACAUACAAAGCUGCUUAAGUUACCACUGUUUUGAUGAAGUGUUCACUACGUCAUCUCUCUUAAGUGCCAGAUUUUUCUCAAAAGAGGUUCUAUUCCAGUAAUUUGUUGGGGCUUUUUUCUUUGUUUUUGUUUGCCAUUAAAUGUCAUUGUAACAUGUAACUAAAAAUCUGUGGAUAUAUAUAAACUUAAUGAAAGUUUAUAUUUUUAUACUUUGAAUUUUUUUGUUUUUGAACAAUGAUAUCUUAUCACAUGGGAAUAAGGGGCUAAUGACCUUUUUCAUAUGAAAAUCCUGUAAGUAUUAAUAUAAAAUAUAAAUAUGUUGUAAAGCUAUGUGGUGUUUUCAGUGUAUUCAACACAGUCUUGUCGGCAAUUAAAUAAAUGUUAUGUAAAUGAAUGUAUAAUAAGUGAACAGAGAGCAUUUGUUUUUUGAAAGUUCUGUCACUACUCAAGUACAUUAAUAAUUUAUGGUAGCAAGUCAAGAAAUUUGUUAUGUUUGGUUAACAAAUGUAUUGAAUCUUGUUUAGUAUAUCUAUUGGGUCCUCAGGUCCAUAAAAUUAUGAUUUAGUGCUAAUGUUGUGCAGACAAAAUAAAGGAUUUUUGGGGUAUUUCUUUUACAAGAGGGAUUGAACCAAUGGAUUGUAUUUAGAAAAUAGUAACAUUUAAUAGUAAGACAGAAGAGUAACAUUUUAAAACAGAAGUAAUUGUGUACUAAACCUGAUUGUAACAAUUUUAUUUUGUUAUUCUGUGGUACUGUAUUUUUAUGAGAUGUAAGGUACAAAUAAUUCUACAACAUGGUAAAGUGUAUAAUUUCUGCGUCAUUAGUGGCACCAAACAGAAUUACAAAAAUAAUGACUGUUUUCAAGCAAGUUUCGCUAACACUCCCGCUGUCUGCCAUUGGUUAAACAAAAGGAUCGUCCCGCCCCAAAUUCACGCAAUUGGUUAAGUCCAUGUUGUUGUGUCAGGCUGUUUGGGAUGCUCAAACAGACAGAGCAAUGAUCUGAAAGCACCACAGAGUCACAGUGUUUACACUUUUCAGGACAUCAACCUACCAAUUUCUUACUUAUAGUUGACUCUUCAUAUUAAACUGGGAUUCAAAAAAGCAAGUAUUUUAACAUAAAAAAAUGUACACACUUCACCUAAAAGCAUGGCUGACUACACACAGCCUGCUAAUAAAAAUACAUAAUGUAGUUCAUUAACAGUUGUAAAUAUCCAGAAUAAAAAUGUAAAUAUCAUAAUUGUUUAGUAAUAUUCCUUAAAUCCUGAUGUACUGUGAUGGCUCUUUUCGUUUGCACUGUUCAAAAUACAGUAUACGUUAACUUUAAGAUUUACCCACUUAAGUAUCGAAGCUUAUUGUUCAAGAAUUAGCUUUUGUUCAAAAAGUAGUACUUUAAAGUCUGUCAAGCUGACGUCUUAAAAUACAGGAGCAAAAUGUAGUGGUUACUCACACUUAAGUGUCACAAUUAAAAAAAAUUUUUUUUUUUUUUUUUUUUUAAUAAAGUCAGUUCUGACCACUGAAACUGUGUAUGAGUUACUUUUGUAUGAAACUGUAUGUAAAAUGAUUAUGCAAGCCUUGUAUGCACCAAAUUAUGUAGUUUAUUCUGGAUUAACUGUGGCAUGGCCCUUGAUAACAUUGCAAAUCUCUAUCUUGUGGACAGUUACAUUUUAAUUUUUCAAAAUAACAGUUUUAUUAAAGGCAACGCAUUUUUUUUAAUGAGUGCUUUAUGAAUCAGAUAAGUACAGAAUUAAGGUAUUCAAUAAUUUAUAUAUAAGGGAUACUUUACAUUAUCUCUAUUAUUACAUGGCUACUUACCAAAUAAAUAAAUAA